GAGAAGAGGCUUGCGAGCUAGCAAACACGAUUGUAGCAUCCGGCCAGUUUGAUAUUCGCCGCAAACGGAGCGCAAGCUUUCUGUUAUGAAAAUGCAUUUUGGAGAUAAUGGUGGAUACAUCAGUAUAAUUGUUUCGUGUCCGUGUACUUUCUCUCGUUUAUUUUAUGCCGAUGUGUGUGCUGUAUAUUUAUAAAAAAAAAACUUAUGGGAUUUUAACACCGCGCCCACCGCUUAUAUAUAAAUAUUUUAAUGAGAGCUAGCUAGUAGCUAGCAUCGCUUCCCGGGGGCUCUUUUAGUUGUAGUCAUUGUCGGCAGACACCUGAACGUCAGCUAUCAUUUUUUGAUUUUCCAUUGCGAAUGUUGACAUUUCCACUAAGAUUAACAGGUUAUUGCUAAUGCCGACUAUUGGCGUCGUAGUGUAGUUGAUACUGUAGCUAUCUCGGUGACGAACCGUCAUGACCGGUGAAACGAUACGCGCGGUGCGCAAGGACCACUAUAAAGCCAACAAAAAUGUCCAAGCUGUGGAUUCCUUCGACGACACGGGUCACCAUUUGAAGUCCAACAAGGCUUUCCUCAAAUCCGUCAAGCCGUCGACACUACAGCAGAAGCAGCUCAAUGCAAACAACCAGAACGGCAACAUUGUCAACGAUGACAAUAAGAACCCCAUCAUCCUCACCAACGACGACUUUCCUGUGCAUGAGUGUGUGUUCAAAGGGGACGUGAGGCGGCUGUCCUCCCUCAUCAGGACCCAUAGCAUCUCUCAAAAAGAUGUGCAUGGUAACACACCUCUCCACCUUGCUGUGAUGCUUGGCCACAAAGAAUGUGCCCUUCUUCUUCUGGCCCACAAUGCACCUGUGAAGAUAAAGAACGCGCUUGGAUGGAGCCCUCUAGCAGAAGCCAUCAGCUACGGCGACAGGCAAAUGAUCACAGCAAUCCUGCGUAAACUGAAGCAACAAUCCAGGGAGAGCGUGGAGGAUAAAAGGCCCAAACUUCUGAAAGCUCUGAAGGAGUUGGGUGACUUUUAUCUGGAGCUGCACUGGGAUUUCCAAAGUUGGGUGCCUCUGUUGUCCCGCAUGCUGCCCUCGGACACGUGUAAGAUCUACAAGCAGGGCAUCAACAUCAGGCUGGACACCACCCUCAUCGACUUCAUCGACAUGAAGUGUCAGCGCGGGGACCUCAGCUUCGUCUUCAGCGGCGAUGCCCCGCCCUCCGAGUCCUUUGUGGUGCUGGACAACGAGUCCAAAGUGUACCAAAGAAUACACCACGAGGAGUCUGAGAUGGAGACGGAAGAAGAAGUUGACAUCCUCAUGAGCAGUGACGUCUACUCGGCCACUUUGUCCACAAAGUCCAUCAGUUUCUCCCGCAGUCAGAUAGGAUGGCUCUUCAGAGAGGACAAGACGGAGCGUGUGGGCAACUUCCUGGCGGACUUCUACACCGUCAACGGUCUGAUGCUGGAGUCCAGGAAGCGUCGUGAGCACCUGAGUGAGGAAGACAUCCUGAGGAACAAAGCCAUCAUGGAGAGUUUGAGCAAAGGAGGCGGCAUCAGCGAGCACAACUUUGAGCAGUCUGUGAGGAGGCCGUCCCUCUCGGCCCCGCCCUCUAACACCAUUUCUUGGGAGGAGUACAUGGCUGCAGAGCACGGAAAGCCUCCUCACCUGGGGAGGGAGCUAAUGUGCAAGGAGAGCAAGAAGCACUUCAAGGCCACCGUAGCCAUGAGCCAGGACUUCCCUCUGGGCAUCGAAUCGUUACUUAACGUGUUGGAGGUGGUGGCGCCUUUCAAGCACUUCAACAAAUUGCGGGAGUUCGUCCAGAUGAAACUUCCUCCAGGUUUUCCCGUCAAGCUUGACAUUCCCGUCUUCCCCACCAUCACAGCCACCGUCACCUUCCAGGAGUUUCGCUACGACCAAUUUGAGGGGUCCCUCUUUGUCAUCCCGCCUGACUACAAGGAGGACCCUAGCCGCUUCCCUGACCUCUGAUCUGAAAACAGGAAGUGCUUGUUCAGGCUGCGACAUGCAUCCACACUUCACAAUGAUGUAAUAUGGGGUGUAAAAGGGACAGCUGAUGCAAAGGAGAAAAGAAAAUGUGCUGACACUGGCUUCUGUAAAUACUCUCUAACCACUAAACUAUUCUAUCCUCAAAUAUAUGCAUUUAUUCAUUAAGGAUCUAUAACUACUGUACUCAUGGACUUAUAUGUAGCAAUACAUUGAAGAAUGUUUCAAACUGCAUCCUUUUGUUGUUGUGCAGAUCAACAUUCAGGUUAGCUCACCUUAGUUGUCUCAUGUUCCUUUAUUGUUGCUUUUGUGUGAGAGAACCCCAAGUCUGCGUUCAGGUAUAUUAUAUUGCAAGUUUCACACUGCACUGAUGUUCAAAGUAUUUGAGGCUUUGUCUCAUUCUUCCUGGAACUCCAUGCACAUCACGGUACCUAAUUAAAAGAAACAUGUCACCUUUUAGUGAAUCCCCCUUUUUUAACUCAAAAGUUGUAAACUUGACAUUGCUGUCCUUUCAUCCACUCUUGUUUUGUAUCCCCCUGGAAAUGCUCUUCUACAUCCCUUUAAAUAAAAGCACCAGCAUCACA